UAAUGUCAGAAGAAGCUCCUCCCGUUCGCCUGGACUUGGAUGUCAAUGGCAGUAUCCUGAAGGAAGGCACCCCUGCCACUGCUGGAGGGAAGACCCUGAAUAUGUUCCUGAAUGCCCUUCAAACAUGGACCGAGAUCGAUCUUCCAUCCUUGCAGAAGAAGCUAGACGAGCAGGGAUUGGAAUUGAAAGACGAUCAGAAGACGUCUCUACUCAGUAGAAAGAAUUUGGCCGCGAAAACAAAGGAGUUUCGGAAGUUAGAAGACUCGGAAAAGUUGGAGCAGUUCAAACAUCUUUUGAAAUUGUAUCAAAACGAAAUUGACCAGCUUACCACCAAGAAAAAGUCUGUAGAAAACUACUUUUUUGGCUUUUAUAGAUUGUUAGCAGAGGCUCCUGAUCCACGUCCUCUUCUUGAAUUGUCUUUAGAUUCGGUACUAGAAUCGUCAGAGACUGACUCGUUGAAGCGUGAGAUCGAGAGAUUGAGCGACGAAUUGACUAAGAAAGCAGAUUAUGACCAAUUGAAACAGAGGUUAUUAAGAAACGAACAGAAGGCUGCUGAGUUGCUCAGUUCCAAAUUGAUCGCCAAAGAGGACGAGUUCAAAGCAUUAAUCGAAGAGAAGGAAACGAAUUGGUUGGAACAGGAGAAACAGUUCAAGUUCCAGAUCAAGAAGGCACAACAACAAAUCGAAGAAUUGCGUACUUCUAAGGAAGUCACUGAAUUACAAUUGGACUCUCAAAACAGACAGCAACCCUCAGGCGAGUCAGCUUCUGCUUCUGUAUUGGCUGAACUUGACAUGGUCACCAGAGAUGCUGAAUCAUCUAAGAAGAGAAUGUAUGAAUUGGAAAGAAGAAACGAAGAGUUGCGCAGAGAGCUUUCCAAGUCGAAAAAUGAUAUUGAGAUCCAAAGUUUGAGGGAAGAGUCUUCCAAAAAAGUCUCAGAACUCGAAGGAGAAAAUGCAUUGCUUCUUGCCAAUCUUGACCAAACCAGAAGAAAGUUGGAGAACUCUUCUAAGGAAAACUCAAGCAAGGUAGAAUCUUUGAACAGAGACAUUUCACAGUUGAACGUAGAAAUCAAGAAUCUCAAGACUCACUUGGACAAGACCAGCGACUACGAUGAAUUGAAACACGAAUUGCAUUUAUUAAAACAAAUAGAGUUUGGCCACGACGACGAUGAAACGGAAAAUAACGAAGAGGGCACUUCCAAGACGAUCGACUCUAUAUUGAUAGAGAGAAAUAAGGUAUUGACCCAGGAAUUGGCUGAUUAUAGAGCCCAGCAUGAAGACUUGAUGUCUAAGGUCAGCCAGUUGGAAGCUGUCGUGAGCGUUACUAAUCAGGAAUUGACUAGGAUUCAAAUGUUGAACGACCAGUUGGAAAAUGACUUAGUUGAGUUCCAAGAUGCUUCCAAUAGCAACAAAUUUAACGACAAUGCUAGUAUAAUUUCAAGCAUGAGUCGUAUGACGAGGGGACCCAGAAAUGGCAGUCUUCUACCAAGUUCUGAGGAACCGUCUAUUUUGCCAAUCAUCACCAAACAGAGAGACAGAUUCAGAGACAGAAAUAAUGAGUUGGAGGAAGAACUCAAGAAACAGUACGCUCUAGUAAGCACAUUGAAGCGUGAAAUAAACAACUUGAAGAAAGACAACGAGGAGUUGUACGAAAGAACAAGAUAUCUAGCAUCAUUCAAGCACAAUACAGAAGUGUCACAAGCUGUAUCUUCUAGAUCAGGUAGGAAGCUUCUUCAACCAAAAGCUAAUGUUUCUAUCGAUCUUGAAAGCAACCCAUACCAACAAAGCUACGAGAGUAAAUUGCACCCCAUCGAGCAAUUCAGAAUGCGCGAACAAGAGAGAAUUAACUCCAAAUUGUCGCCUUUAGAAAGAAUGUUUAUUUCCUUGACUAGAGCCAUUUUGGCCACCAGAGCAUCUCGUAUGUUGUUCAUGGUGUAUUGUCUAGGAUUGCAUUGUGUAGUCAUGUUCAUUACCAUUUACGCCAUGAGUCUAAACACACUCCAGAUCCCUGAAGUUGGUCUCAACCAUAGCACAGGAGGCAUAGCCAGCGGCGAGGCGGGAUCUGUAGAUACUUUGCACCAGGUCGCAGGAGAUAUUCUUCAGAGGUAG